AAGAGUUUAUCUUAUGUUUAUAUUUUUUAAAUCUUAGAUAUUCCAUAUAUAAUAUUAUUUUAAAUAAUUAAAAAGAUAUUUCCUGGGAUAAAAAGUUUGAUGAAUGUGUAAGUAUAGUCUUUUAUGUACUGCAAGUAAUUUAACACAUUUUUUAAAUAAACUUCAAUAUUAAUAGCAAUAUUCAAACUUGAAUAUUUUAGGAGAAAUAUUGAAUUUAAUCACGCAUGCGUGAUAAACCGAAAGUUGAUAGUACUUCCUUGUUUAUUCACCUUUGAUUGGGAUGCAGUGAAGACUGUCGCAUUAUUUGUUUUCGACGUUUAAACCGAAUGCAAGGAUAAUCCGAAAAUUAAUCGUUUACACACAUUUUCAAGUAUUUUUUAAAAGAAUAUUAACGAAUAGUGAUGAAUAUAAAUCUUAAAUUUAUUUCUUGUAAUAAUUGAAAUAUUUUUUAGAAGCAGACAAUACGAAUUCGAACAUCUGUCAGUGCAAAACAACGUGUAAAUACAUGUAACAAUUACAUUUCAGAGAUUUUAAAUAAAAUUUAAUUAGCACAAAGCACUCUUAUCUUGUAUAGUUUCUUGCAAUUGCAUAAAAUUUCGAGAGAAGUGACAUGAAUAUCAAAUUCCAUUUAUAAAUAAGUCACAAUUAUAUUUCAGUACAUGCUAUUUUAUAUUUCAUUGCAUUAGAAAAUGUACUGAUAAUGCUUUGACUUAAGUGCAUCUAUUCUGUAAUAUGUUAUUAAUCUUCCGUUAGAAUUAUUAAGUCAAAUAUUUUCGCAAAUAAUUCAGUGGUGACUGCAUGAAAUGUUCCUAAAGAAGAUCCAGAAAAAACUGCUGCAUUUGGCUGAACUUGUUUGUAGGCCUAACAAUAUGAUUUUUAUACAAAUGGCAUGUAUUAAAUUAAACAACAAUGUACAUAAAAGUUAUAGAAGAAGGACAACAAAAGAAAAAGCAAAAUGAACUUUUAUAUAGAUAUGGAUAUUUUUUAUCAAUGCUUUUGUGUAUGGUACUCGCAUCUAUUAGACCACAUUUGGGUAAAACAAAUGGUGUUUUUAAUGGAAAUAUUAUAAUUCGAUAUUUUGCUGUGCCUUUAACAUACCUAGAAGCAGGGUUAAUAUGUAAUCCUAAAUCAUUGUAUUUAACAUUAAGCAAUGGUCCCCUCGUGAUAUUUACAAUGUUUUUUAUAUAUGUUUUAAUGCCAUUUUUGAUGAGGCUGGGAGUAUGUCUAUUAACAUAUGCAAAUGUUAAUAUGUGGCUGUUAAAGGGAAUGGAAGUACUUUAUUGUAUGCCACCCCCAUUUAAUACAAGCCUUGUUUUAUGUCGACUAGCACAAGCAGAUUUAUCAACAAGCAUAGUAAUAACUUUGAUUUCUCAUUUUGGAGGAUUAUUUAUAUCUCCAGUGUUACUGUACUUUGUGUUAGGAGCAUCUACGCCACCUCUGGUUGGUGUAAAUAUCAAAGAAACUAUUUGUAGCACAAUCAUACCAUUAACUAUUGGUAUUGCGAUUCAAGUGUAUAUUUUGAAAUAUGACUUCUGUUUUAAAAUUAAAUCACCAUGGUUUUCUCAAGGAUUAUUAUUAGCUACAGCGUACCAUUGGUUUUGUGAUGCUGUUUCAGUGGAUGCAUCUUCACUGCAAGCUAGUGAUGUAUUAUUAUGUGUAGUAAUCGCUUGCGUGGGACAACUAUUUGUUAGCUGUUUGUGUUGGAUAUUGUGCUCUCGAUGGUUACCCCGGGACAUCUUACUAGCUGCACUUUUUACAAGCACUCACAAGUCAGUUGGUCUUGGCAGUUGGGUUUUGCGUGGUGCUUACCAUGGUUCAGCAAAUGGCCCAGCAGUAAACUUACCAUUGUCUGUUCUACCAGUUGCACAAUUAUUGUUAGGUAGUUUGUUAGCUAGUUGGCUGUCCCCAUAAUGUGAAUAUUACGUAUCUUCGAAUUAUUUUCUAUUAAGGUAGAGUGCACGUUUUGUAUUUAAUUCUGAUAAUUUUUUAAAAAUAAUCUUUUAGUUGCAGUGUAGUCAUAUUACACAUGAAAUGAACGUUAAUAGUUAACAUUACUGGUUAUAGCAAUUUUAAAUUGGAAAUUCUAUAAAAUGUUUUAUUAUGUAUUAGUAGAUCAUGGAAGAAACGGAAAAUUAUUCGUGUGUUGCAAUCGUUAUCUUGACCAAGAAAAUGACAGGAAUUGUAUUAAAUAUUUUCCAUUUAUUUCUGUUUAACAUAAUAAAUAAAUUUUUUAGCUUUAUUUAUUUAACUAAUAAUGAAAUGUAUAUAUAUCAAAAUGUACUAUUAGAAAUGUCUUACAGUUAAUUUCUUCAAAAUGCAGUAUCGCAGUAUCCAAUAAUAGUAAAACAAUAUCUUCACGUUUCAUAUACUAUACUGCACAAUUGACUUAGAAGCUAAUAUUCAAGUUUGAAAGACAUAGAACAAGAUUUCUUAAAAUAGAUUACGAUUAUAAAAUACAAGUCUUUAGAGAAUUUUAUGCAAAUCAUAUUUAUGUUAUUUAUAAUUUUUUUCAUUCUGAAAAAGUAGCAUACUUAACGAAAUACUGGGUAGGUGUUUACUCAAAAUUAUUUUCAAAAUGUAUCAAAUAAGUUUAUUUAUAUGUAUAACGAAAUGCUGACGAUGUUGAAACAUAGUCUGUGAUUUUUUUUUCUAAGAUUCACGUAAAAUGUAUACGUGCCGCGUUUAUUGCAGAAUUUAAUACUUACCUUGGAAACUAAUCUUAAAAAUUUUCAUGUAACAAUUAUAUGUAUAUUACUAUUUUUCAGUGUAUAUUAAAACAACUAGUGUAAAAUUAUGCACGAAUAAGCUUUGUUUUCCAAUUCUAAUCAACUUAGUUUUCAUUUGACAAUUGAUAAAAGGAAAUCAUGACAAUUAUACAUUACACUGUACAUCAUUACAGGAACAAUCUUUAAAUAUUACAUCAAGUGAAAGUAAAAAAAAAGAGAGAGAAAGAAAAACCAAAAAAAUUACACUACUUCGAAGCGUUGUACGCUAUUAUCUUAUGUAGUAGUUAUAAUAAAUUGUAUUUGUAUCUUACAAGUUAUAAAUAUAGUUUCCUCACUUUCGAUUGUAAAACUUCUGAAAAUUAUAAGUAUUCUACUUAUUCCUAAAAGUCUGGCUACUGUUUGUUAUAGACUUAUAUCUUUUAAAGAAAUAACAAUAGACGACAAUUUGUCAUAAUUCUAUACGUGAAAGAAAAAGGACUUCGAAUUCAGAAUAAGAUGUUUCCCAUACAAAACAUAGCGAUUUUAUUCUACAAAUAAUGGGAUAAAUUUGGUUAAUUUUUUGUUUUGUUUGUUGUUGGAAACUUGCAUAUCAGUUUUCUAUUUUGUGACACGCAAUUCGUUACGGUAUAUACUUUCUUCAUUUUUUAUACCGUUAUAAUGCGCACACGCAUAUAUUUAAUAAUAUUAACAAAUAGUGUAACACUCAUGAUAACGUGUAUGAGCUUGUAACCUGACUUUUUCGUGAAAACCAUGGCAUUUAAUGCAUCAAACGACGGUGCAGCAGUGGCGCAGGCGCUGAGCAUGUAUUGAUUCGCCCAGAUCAUCACACUCAUUGUAGCUGGUAUUAAGUUCUUGUCACGAACAACGCUGACGCUGCUAUCGCCGCCAGCUACGCGAUUCGCCAUCUUCAUCCUCCUCUUCCUCGUUUUCUUCGAGAAGUAAUGCUUCUGCGUUUCCCUACAAUAAUUACAAAUUUAUAGCCAUCGUUUGUUUCAUUCAGUUUUAUUUAUCAUGAAAGAAAAUGAAGAACAAGAAAUCGUAAUUUCAUAAUGAUACCAGGUCCCGGUUGAGGAUGUCUUCCCCAUGGCAUUCGAGGCUCCAUACUUGGCGCAUCUGGAUUAUAUUCUGCAAAUGCAUCUGUGAAAAUUGCUAAAGAUUAGGUGUUGCUAGGGACAUGAGUUUACAUAACAAUAAUGUUGUCUAUACGUUCAUAGACAUAUCUUUUGUAAAAUCAUUACCCAUAUUAGAAUGAUGUUGAUUUCGUAAAUGAGGCGGAGGUAAACUCGCAAGAGGGAGGUGUUGUGGCGGGGCAUUUCCAUUAGGGCCUUGAGGUGGUUCCGGUACUGCCGUUACAGGUACGGUCCCUGGUGCUUGCGCACUAUGUGGACCGAAAGUCAAAACACGACUUAAAGCUACAUCUUCCAAUA